AUGCAUCCAAUCACAUCACCUUAUGUCCUCACCUUCACACUUGGGCUGUACACCAUCUACGGCUGCUAUUUCCCCCCAUCGAUGGAUAAUGCCGCAUUUCAUCAAGUACUACGCACUAUGACAAUAUCGGAUCACACAAUUAUCAUUGGCGAUUUGAAUGCUCGUUUACAGUCUACAGGCGAUUCUAUCACCAACCCUCGUGGGAGAGUCUUACGGGAUUGGCUUUCGGAUCAUGGCCUCCAUGUCUGGAAUUCCACCUUGACACAUGGCAUCUUUACGUUUGAGCGUAACAAUGGGAGAAGUAUCAUUGAUUACUUUAUUUCACGUCAUCACGCUAUCAUCGACCCCAGCUUACAUAUCUAUAGUGACAUGUCUAUGAACUCGGAUCAUCGUUUGUGCGUCAUGUCAUUCAUUCCACGGUCAACAUUGCCACAUUUGCCGGAAGCAACAGCAGCUCGACAACAUUGGAAAUUACAACGCUUGGCGGAUCCCGAUGUAGUGGAGCUAUAUCGGCAAAAAUUCAACACAUUAGCAACCCCGCUGGCUGCUGAAUUGAAUGACCUACUGGAACCAAGGGAGAAUCAAGAAGUGGAUCGACAGCGUUUGGAGUCUCUUGGGCAACAAAUAACAGAGGCAGUUACACAGGCACUUGAUGAAAGUGUCACACGUGGGCGAAUGCGUCCCAAAACAUGGAGAUGGUUUUGGAAUGAACAACUACAGCAGCUGGCGGAUCAACGUGAAUUGCGAUAUCGACAAUGGCGCCGUGCACCCGACAAUGUAAUUGUACGAGCAACAGCAUGGCAACGUUACGUUGAGGCAUGUGAGAAAUUCACGUUGGAGAUCAAACUUGCCAGACGACAGACAUGGAAGAGCUUCGUAGUGAAUAUGGGACGUAAACCACCCAAUGAAAUCAACUCAGUGAUUAAGCGAAUGAGACGAGCCAAGGUAGCACCAGUGAUGUUAUCACACCCUGAUGGACCUCAAGCAGCAGCCGAAAGCAUGGUGAGCCACUUGGAGAACGUAUUUGGUGGCAACAACGAUUCCAUUGUCUCUCACCCAUCUUCGGUUGAUACCACGGAUGUUGACGACUCACCUUUCACACAUGAAAAUGUCGCUGCCAUCAUCAAGCAAGCAAAUCCUCGCAAGGCCCCUGGUGUGGACCAUAUUACAGGAGCAAUGUUGAAGCCCAUUGUCAACCUUAUCUCACCUCUGCUCGCAUCCUUUUUUACGCUGUGCUGGUUGUGGUCAUGGACACCUAAGGAUUGGCGGAUAGCGCAAGUUGUCCCCAUCUUCAAGAAAGGCGAUCCAACCAUACCAAGCAACUAUAGGCCGAUCAGCCUCACAUCCAUCUUUCGUAAGAUCCUCGAACGGAGCAUGUUGCCGCAAUUGUUAAGCUCCAUCCCAGCGCUUGACAUCGCCCAAGGCGGUUUUCGAACCAGUCGUGGUGCAUUGGAUCAAGCAUUUGUGUUACACACACUUAUGCAUCGUUACCACCAACUUUACGAGGAAUGGCCUAUUGUAGCGUUCCUUGACAUCAAAGCCGCUUAUGACUCUGUGGAUCGAUCCAUCAUCUGGCGAUACCUAAAACAACACCUCCCAAAGCGAUUAUACCUCCUCUGCCAACACAUGUUCGAAGAUGUCCACGUUUCGGUGAUUCUCCACAAUUUCCAAUCUCGCUUUAUUCGACCAAAAAGAGGGGUUCUUCAAGGCUCUAUCAUCAGUCCUCUUCUAUAUGCUAUCUUCAUCAAUACGCUCCCACAACGCCUACGUGAUUGUACACAUAUCCACAAACCAAUCUUCAUGAGCCACACUCCUCAAGACUCAAUUACGGAAGCCACAUGUCCCACCAUUGUUUAUGAUCGACCAUUCAGAAGAGGACGCCCACCUCGAAGACCGGAUACAGCUCGCUUGAUGGUGAAUGGAUUACUGUAUGCAGAUGAUGUAGCCAUUCUUGGUUCAGCAGAGGAUAUGCCUUCACUCUUGGAAGCAGCCGAGAGCCAUUCACUCGCAGCAGGAUAUCACUGGCAUCCAGGAAAAUGCAAGACCAUCAACGCAACACCUCAUCUCAACCUUCAGCUCUACAACGAACCUAUUGCAAAUGUCACCACAUUCACGUAUCUUGGUAUUCCAUUCAGCAAGGAGGGUAUUGAUAGGCGCCAACUACUGCAAGACCGCACAUGCAAGGCUACAAGUGCCAUGGCAACACUUCGACAAAUGGGUAUCCAUCGAUACGGGUUGGGUUGGUGGCAAGCUCUACGUGCAUAUCGAACAUUCGUGAGACCAGUGCUAGAAUAUGGGUUAGCCAUUGUCCCAUUCUCUUAUGACGAACAUACGGCCCUUCAACGAACACAAGCCAAUUGUAUCAAGCUCUGCAUGAAUAGCACCACCGAUCGACGCUUACCUACAAUCGUGCCACAAGUUUUAGCAGACUUGCCAUCAAUGACACUCCGUGCACGUACUCUUCAACUCAUGUUCACCGCACGAGCUAUUGAAUUACCUCCAACGACGAUGCUACGAUCAGUGAUUAUGAAUUGGCUGCAAAAACGACAAGCGUUCCAUUUCUGGAGAAGACUAACAAGAAACCCACUGUUUCGUACGUGGAAAGAUUUGAUAACCGGUCCUGUGGCUGAUUGUCCCAAGUAUCCUGUGACGUUUACCAUCAAACAGCAUCGCGACAUGGAACUAUCAUCACGACGUAGUCGUUUUUCAUCAAUCAGGGCCCUCCGCCCAGUCCGCAUGAUUGAUCCGAUUCUGUAUUUGCCAGCAUCAAGUCGAGAUCGACACCGUCUAAUACAUUGGCGCAUGUAUUGGCUACCAUCGUAUCCCCUCAAACCAUGUCGCUGCAACACAACGACUGAGGCCGGGCGCAAGCAUUUCAUUACAUGCACAAGGAUCCAAGAAGAAUAUCAAGCCUUACGCCAAGCUUUUGCUAAGGACAAUGGAGACCUCCACCUUGUGGAUGCCGUUAUGAAUUCCCUACCAAGGACAGCUGACACAUUACAACAGCCACAUUGGCGAACUAUAUGGCUGGCGCUUAUCAAGUACCUCCGUCAAGUUGACUUUCUCACUCAUCCUGAUGCAGCGGACUUUGACGAAGAAGAGCCUCCAAUGCAAGCGCUAGAUGAUCACCAUGCUCAUUUGGAACAAGAGGCCCGUGCUCAACUCGACUCCACAUAA